UCUCCAUCCUCCACAAAAACGCGUCUUUUCCAUCGAGUUAUUGUGGCUCUUCAUAAAUUUUACUUGUUUAGAAAAGAAGCAAUGGACACCCAGUCAACCCCUUCAAAGCAGACCGCAUCUUCUCUCGAGCAGCUCAAGAUGAGUGAUUCUCCCGUCAAACCGCUCAACUUUGGCCUAGCAGACAAGGAAAACGCCCCGUUGACCUCUGCCACCGAGUCCGGCCUCAAAAAGUUCGAUGCCGAGGCCGUCAAGCCCAGCGCGCCAGAGGUCCCGAAGAAAUCUCUCACCCCCAAAGAGCUCGAAGCAGAGGAGCCAUUACUCCAGGAGAAUCCCCAUCGAUUCGUUCUUUUUCCAUUGAAGUAUCAUGAGAUUUGGCAAAUGUACAAGAAGGCCGAAGCCUCUUUCUGGACCGCUGAAGAGAUUGACCUAUCCAAAGAUCUUCACGACUGGAAUCACCGGCUGAACGACGAUGAACGGUACUUCAUCUCUCGCGUCUUGGCCUUCUUUGCUGCUUCCGACGGCAUUGUCAACGAAAACCUUGUCGAACGAUUCAGCGGUGAAGUUCAAGUCCCAGAGGCCCGUUGCUUCUACGGUUUCCAGAUUAUGAUGGAGAACAUUCACUCCGAGACCUACUCUCUCCUCAUCGACACAUAUAUCAAGGAACCAAAGCAAAGAACUUAUCUGUUCGAUGCUAUUGAUACCAUUCCUUGCAUCCGUAAGAAAGCUGACUGGGCCAUUCGCUGGAUCCAAGAUCAAGAAUCCACCUUCGCCCAGCGACUGAUUGCCUUUGCCGCCGUUGAGGGUAUCUUCUUCAGCGGCUCCUUCGCCUCCAUUUUCUGGCUCAAGAAGCGGGGACUUAUGCCUGGUCUCACUUUCUCGAAUGAAUUGAUCUCUCGUGAUGAAGGUCUUCACACCGACUUCGCCUGCCUCCUCUUCUCUCACCUUCGCCACCGUCCAGGCCCAGAGGCAGUCCAGGCUAUUAUCACAGAGGCAGUCGAGAUCGAGAAGGAAUUCUUGACCGAUGCCCUUCCCUGUGCUCUUCUUGGCAUGAACUCGAAGCUCAUGUGUCAAUACAUCGAGUUCGUUGCUGACAGACUGCUUGUGGCUCUUGGCAACAAGAAGUUCUACAACGCCACGAAUCCAUUCGACUUCAUGGACAACAUCUCGCUGUCCGGAAAGACCAACUUCUUCGAGAAGCGUGUCGGUGACUACCAAAAGGCUGGUGUCAUGGCAAGCACGCAGAAGAAAGAGGAUACCGAGGAGGCGAUUGAAAACGGCGGUGCCUUCAGAUUCGACGAAGAUUUCUGAUCUUCUCCUUUUUGGUUUACGAUGCUGACGCGUUUCUUGUCUGUAGCAUCUAUGUAUGAGUGACUGGCAUGUGGGGCUGGCGUUCAGGUUUGGAUAUGGGCAUGUGUACAUGAUGGACUUUCUGUUAUACCUGUUGCUGGGCGAUACCUUGUUUGCUGCCUUUGUAUCAUGUUUCUUAUAAUGUAUUUGAUUAAAAUGACAAUGAUAAUGUUUGGUACGGAUCAAUUUUCAA